ACUAAACAGUUUUGAAAAUCACUGUAGCUUAGCCUGAGACGUUUGUGAUUAGCUGCACCAAUUUGAAAUGGCCAGUUUGGAUGAGGACAGAACCUCCUCUGCGCAUGCUUUUUUAAGAUUUGGUUCAAUUUACGAGCCACUUAAAAGUAUUAAUCUUCCAAAACCAGAGGGGGCAAGUCUGUGGGAUAAAUUAGAUCAUUAUUACAGAAUUGUUAAGACUACGCUGCUGUUUCAUCAAAGUCCAACCACCGGUCUGUUUCCUACAAAGACAUAUGGGGAUGACCGGAAGGCAAAAGUACAUGACAGCCUUUACUGUGCUGCAUGUGCCUGGGCUUUAGCCCUUGCUUACAGGCGUAUUGAUGAUGACAAGGGAAGGACUCAUGAACUGGAGCAUUCUGCUAUAAAGUGUAUGAGAGGAAUUCUCUACUGCUACAUGCGUCAGGCCGAUAAGGUUCAGCAAUUUAAGCAAGACCCCAAACCAUCCGAAUGUCUUCAUUCUGUUUUCAGUGCACAAACUGGAGAUGAGGUCCUCUCCCAUAAGGAAUAUGGUCAUCUUCAGAUAAAUGCUGUGUCGUUAUUUCUCCUCUAUUUGGUUGAGAUGAUCUCUUCAGGGCUGCAGAUUAUCUACAACACAGAUGAGGUGUCCUUCAUUCAAAAUCUUGUGUUUUGCGUGGAAAGAUCCUAUCGUGUACCAGAUUUUGGUGUCUGGGAGAGAGGAAAUAAAUACAACAAUGGCAGUCCAGAGCUGCAUUCAAGCUCCGUGGGGCUGGCAAAAGCAGCUUUAGAAGCAAUUAAUGGUUUCAAUCUCUUUGGAAAUCAGGGCUGCUCUUGGUCUGUUAUAUUCGUGGAUUUUGAUGCCCAUAACCGUAACAGGCAAACUCUCUGUUCAUUGCUACCCCGAGAGUCAAGGUCUCAUAAUACCGAUGCAGCUCUUCUGCCCUGUCUUAGUUAUCCUGCAUUUGCUUUGGAUGAUGAUGUUUUGUUCAGUCAAACACUGGAUAAAAUCAUUAGAAAACUGAAAGGAAAAUAUGGGUUUAAAAGGUUUCUGAGAGAUGGUUAUAGAACAGCGCUGGAAGACAAAACACGACGUUAUUAUAAACCAGCAGAAAUUAAGCUUUUUGAUGGCAUUGAGUGUGAAUUCCCUCUGUUUUUUAUUUUCAUGAUCAUUGAUGCCUUAAAAACUUUCACAGUGUAUCAGAACUCCGCAGCAUCACAUGAGAGAAAAGGAAGUGGGAGUGAGAACAAACACAUUGACAGACUGAAUGUUGCAGCGGUUCUUUUCAAGUUGGAUAAUCUGUG